CGAAAGUGGAGGACAGUCGCGACUCGGAGCCCGUCACGUGAGUUUCGUUCCGACUGUGAAACGUUUCUUUCGCGUGUCCUUCAUUCCUUCAACAGAAAAGCUCUGAAUAGAGGGAGAACAGUUUCGACCAAUGAAUCACCUAAUAAUUGAGGGACAAAUUACUGUGAAAAAGUGUUAUUGGUGAAUGUACUUCAUCAACUUGCAUUCGCGUCGUCAAGUUUUUGCCACUGGAUUUAGCAGGGCACAGAGAUUACAGAAAUUGUGUGAAUUUUCGUGCAAAUUAAGCUCAAUGGUGCCUUUUUUUUUGGAAUGACUAUUUCUUUUUUUUCCCUCUUUUUGUUUCGUUCAAUUUCGUGGACAAUUAUGGCUUCGGCAUUGUAGAGUUUUUCGAGUGUGAGGACUGAUCUUUCAACCACACACACUCGGUCAGUUUAUUUACUAUUAUUAUUAUUAUUAUUAUUAUUAAUAAUAUCGUUAUGUUAUUAUUAUCAUCAUUAUCAUUGGAAUAAUACGCACUUGAGAUCGUAUUAUAGUAGAGAAUUAUCGCUUUUGUUCGUUCACUCUGUGAUGUGUGUCUCUGGCUGUGUAUUGCGAGGUGAAAAAUUCAGUGUGGAGUUACAAAUCGAGUGAUUCGUGAAUUUUCAUUCACGAUAAACGAAUAUUACACAGAGAACGAAUCCUUUGGAUUUUUUUGACGGUUUCAUACGGAUUAAAAAAAAAGAGAAAACAAGCAAAAAAACACUCAAAAUGCUGACUUCCAGCGCUAAUCAGUAUCUCCGUCCGGAAUACCUCACACCACUGCCAACCACGUUGGAUGCCAAGAAAAGCCCAUUGGCGUUGUUGGCGCAGACGUGCAGUCAGAUAGGAGCGGAUCCACCGACGGGAAAAUCCCUGUUGGGUGCUCUGGACGGCGGUAAAUCGAGUGGCAAAAGUUCAUCGUCGAAAUCAUCGAGCGAGCAGUCACGAGAGAAAUCAUCACCGUCAUCAGGGGGCCAGGGGGGUCAACAGGCAUCAACGGAGGGUGUGAGAUCAAGUUUCAAGCCAUACGAGUCUUGUUUGGGUCGAGAGAAGGCAUCGAGUCCGGAAGAGCAGAGAGCGGCAUCGAGUCACUCGGCAUCGGGACGUUCGAGAACUCCGGGUAGCAAGAGGUGUUCGAGCAAUCAAAGUGCCUCAUCGGGACGAGCAGUGACGCCUCAGAACCGAAGAACGCUCACACCGAACGGUGAAGCAACGAGAGAAUCGCCGGCUUCGAGAUCAGCGAGUAGUGCGGCUGCGGGUGGAUUAUCAGAGGUAUCAACGGGGUCACAGGCUCAAGGAGGUAGUCCGAUGUCAUCAAAAUCGGUGUACAGUACAGCAGGGAUGUUGGGAAUGACGGAUCAAUCGAUGAAGGAUUUGCCGCUCGGAACGUUCAAGCCAUCUUCGACGUUGCCGGUUUCAACAUCGGCGGCAUACCUCGGAUAUCCGCCUCAACUACCGAUCGACGUAAUGGCAAGUUCAUUGAUGUCACAACACCACGCAGCUCUUAAGAACGGUUUGGGGAGCAGUCCGUAUUUGAGUUACGCGAGGAUGAAGACAGUUUCCGGAGUGGAUACGCUGGUCCCGGUGUGCCGUGAUCCCUUCUGUACCGGAUGCCAAUUGAAUCCGCACUACUUGGCAACUUCAUCGGCGAGCAAAGUCCCAACAACGACGUCGGCUUCUUGCCCAGCCGGCUGUGCCCAAUGUGAUCACAAGCCUGCGACCUCACCGUACGGGCCGUUGAAUACUCAUACAGCAGCGGCUUAUGCCCACGCCCAUGCCCAAUUAGCGGCAUUAGCGGCGGCCUCCCAAUUGCCAUACUCUUGCAGUUGGAUGGGCGGUGACACACCUUACUGCGGCAAGAGAUUCGCGUCCUCGGAAGAGCUCCUGCAACAUCUCCGAAGCCAUACGAGCGUUUCGGCCGGUGAUCCAUCAACCGCUGCGGCACUGUCGCUCCUCUCGCCACCCGGAUUACCACCCGGACAUCCUCUCUUAUCAAGAACUUAUCCAACACCGCCUUUGAGUCCCUUGGCAACUGGACGCUAUCAUCCUUACGGCAAACCCUCGAGCAUGAUGCAGCCUUCGUUGUCCUCCCUUGGUCUCGCUUUACCGCCUCAUCAUCCAGCCGCUGGAUUACCCCCCUACUUUUCUCCCUAUUCGUUCUACGGUGGGCCACGUCUCGGCGCAGCAUCCGGAAUGCAUCCCUGAGUGAUUGGCUAUUACGAGGGAUAAAGCAGAGCUUUUCGAACGCUCUCUCAAACGAAUCCCACGAAUUGUUAAUCAUCACCAUCGAUCCAAUGGGCACCUCGUGCCAGGGAAACCAACGUUUAACUGUGAUUUUUUCGUGUGAAGCUAUACGCGACGCAACCCCUCGUUUCUUGCGUUUCGAGACUGUGCAUAUGUGAGUGUGCGAGUGUGAUCUUCUUCUCUGACUGAGAGAAAGGCCGCGAAUGUGCGACGAAAAGAGUUUACAAAUUUUCAAUCGGUAUAUACAUAUAUUCAUGCAUGUACACAUCGAUUUGUACAUGUAUAUAUAUAUAUAUAUUAUUACAUACCGAGCAGCGUCACGAAUGACGCUCAUUUAGACCUGUUGGAUCGACCGUGCAUUAUUUUCACGGGGUCUCGUCGAUCAAGAGGUAAAACCGUCGCGACUAUUAGCUAUUCCGUUUCCUUCUCGUCACAACCGGAGAGUAUCGCUCCCCCCCCCUCCUCUCCCCUUCUCCCAACUAACAAACGUACGCGAUAUCCAAUCCAAUUUCGAGCAAAAAUCGUCUCUUGAACUCACACCGCCCAUGAAUUCGUAUCUCGAGUCAUAUUCUCGGUUAUUUACUUAAAAAUCGUCACUCUUUUGGUUGCUCGAUAUCUUCUCACGGAUCCAGCCUCGUUGCCAUUACAAAUAGCCGUUGUUCGAAUCGAGGAGAAUUGAUUCGGAUCAAUUGGGAUUAAUCCUUGUUGAUUAAUCCUCUUUCAUUCGGGAAAUCAAAAGUCUGCAACAAUUUACAUUCUUUUGAUGAAUUUUGACAUUAUUUUGUAGAGAUCUAAAGUCAAAAUUAUUUCGAUGAUGGAUUCUAUGGAUCAUCAAAGCGAUUUCCUCACUCGAACGAUGGCUAUUUUUGUUCUUAAACUAUUUCCGACUGUUCAAUUUCUUAUGUUGAUCGAUUUUUAUAUAUGUUGUGAAAAAAAAUAUAUAUAUUUAUAUAUACACGCAUAUUGCGAUCGCUGUGCUCUCCCAUUGUCGCGCGUUUACUAUCACCGUAACUGAUCUGAUGUAAUCGGUCUAUGUGCACUAUUUAUAAAUUAUUAUUCACAUACGAAGGAGCCACAACAAACAAAUACGUUCAUAUUUUACUGUAAUUACUGUAAAUUUGUUCAUAGUCGCAUAUCCGUAUGCCUUUUGCGAGAGCAAUGAAGAUGACGAUUAAAGGAAUGCAUUAAGAAAACAUAUGAAACUAAAGAGUGAGGGAUAAGGAGAGACGAAGAGUGAAAUGAGAUGGAUUUAAUUAUAACGAAGAUACGAGAUGUUGGUGAGGACAUGCUAUUCGAUAAUUCCGCGUCUAUUUUUGCGUAACCAAAGUUUUUAGUAUCGAUUGUUAGACUUUUAGCGCGAUGAUCGUGUGUCCCGUGCGUUACAAUUACGUGACUAAAUUGAAAGCGCCAAACGAAGAAAGAGAGCGAGAGAUGAGAGAUGAGAUGAUGAGAGAAUGAGAGUGAAAGUGAGACAAAGAUGCGGAAAUGCAUGAGAUAAGAGACAGCAAGACACGCGAACAACUAUUACGUAUAAAUAAUAACAUAUUGAAGAAAAGAUUAAUAAAUAUAAUUAAAUAUCGAUUGUAUAUAGAUUCAUUAUUCUUAAAUGAUAAAUAUUUGUCCCGAGACAUUAUGAAUGCCUCAGGUAUUUGCUCACAAAUUACCCCCCCCCCCCCUCCGCCCCUCCUUUCCCUCUUCCCCUCUCUGGUUCUUACAUAUUAUAUGUUGAUAACGAAAUAUCCUCGUGUACCUGCAUCUCCGUUAUCUUCUAUUACUUCGAAAUACGAAAAUACCCUUUUGUGCGGUUGUAUACGAUGGAGAAAAGGAAAAAGCGCUCGCGUCUCUCUCGUCGUUCGAACGACUGCGAGAAAGAAAUGAAGAAAUAAUGGAAUUAUAGCCGAGAAUCAGCGAGAAGCCACGUUCUGAGUCGAUGAUUCGACGCGAUAUCAUUGUUUUCAGGUUUCAUUGUUAUUCGAAUCUUGUCGAACCGUUUUUUUUCUUCUGUGCUCGAUUAUUGUCUCUAAAAAUUGAAAUACAAACAGCCCCGUUUCUUACUUGA